AAACAAAAAUAUAUAUAUAUAUAUAUAUAUAGUAAAAUAAAUCUAUUUUUAUUUAUAAUAACCCCAGGGUUUUUUACACUUUAUGGCGUAUUUACAAUAAACAUCAAGCUACAUCCAAUUAGACGGUAAUAUAAAUGUGAAUUCUAACUUUUUAAUUUUCACCAAUCAGUGGUUUUUUUACUAGCGGUUUAUUUUGAUUGGUAGUUGUAUUAACUGGAUUGUAUUCGAUUUUUUCAUUUUUAUUGGUUGGUACUGUAUAGAGGAAAUAAUAAUCCUUGACGAAUCAGAUCGUAUAAACGAAUUUAAACUUAAACUGACACAGUUAAGAGUAAAUUUCUGAAGUAAAAUAAAGUUAAUAGCUUUUUUACUUACAAAAUAUUUCCUGUAAAGUAUCUAAGGAUUAUAUUUCUUCAGUUGUCAUAUAACAAUAGAAAAAGAAAAAAAUUAAAGAAUAAGGAAAGAAGUUUGUUUUCUAUAAAAGUUUCAUUAGAUGAAUUAGAAUAGACAGAAUUAAAUAUAAAUUAUCAAAAAUAGCUAGAAAAAGUUUAGCAAAUAUGAUGGUGGAAUCAAAUAUAAAAGUUUUUACAUCUACAUCUUCUCCAUUACGUAGAAAAACUAUCGGAUUAAAUAAUUUGUCUCCGUUGUUAGAAAAUGAUGAUGAAGCAGAGCGUUUAGCUUUAAGACGUGAUGCUACUGUAAGUACACCAUCAUGUAGUAAAUCUAACGAAAAAAGACAGUCGUUAGGUUUAAGCUCUUUGGCACAAAUGCCAGAACCUAAAAUGACCGAGCUCAUAUCUGAAUAUAUCAAAUUAAGCACUGAAAAUAAAAUUAAUCAUAAAAAUGCAUUUAGUUUAGAAAUGAUUGAUUUUAUGACGUACAUGGUUACUAAAAGAAAUUCCGAAAUAACUAACUUGCAAAUGGCUAGUACAUCGUUGGAUGUAUGUACUAAAAUUUAUGGGUAUCGUGUUGAUGGUAUAUACAUAGACAUUUUAAAAAUGGCUGGUGCAAUGGAUAAACAAAAGGAGGAUAAUUUAACUGAUAUGAAUGAUAAACAAUCUAAUAAUUCAGAAGAACAAGAACAACAACAAGAAACAGAUAGUCAAACGAAGAAAAAAAAGAAAAAAGGAAAACAGAAGAUUAUUAGUACAGAAAAUGCAUUAAAUGGAUCGGUAGAAAUAAUGUUACCCUCACGAAUGACUAUAGGAAAAGGGGAUUUAUGUUCAUCUGAUAUGCUCUACCAAAUAGUGCUACCGCAUCUUGCUAAUUCAGGCUUUUAUCAUAAUACAUGCAAUGAUAUUAUUUUAGAUCAAUUAAAUGAAACAAAUGAAGAUAAUGAAAAUUUUCCGACUUAUACUAUAUCAAAGAUAGAGGAUCUUUCUCAGUUAGAUCUGUGUCCAAGCAUAUCUAAUUUUGAAUUUUUAAGAUGGUCAUUAGAAGAUGAAGAAGAAAUCAUAGAGCCUGAACAAAAUGACGAUGAAAACAGAUUUCAUUUUGAUCUUGAUGCCAGUGUACCUUCUGCAGAUGAAGAAUUUUUUGACCAUGCGAAUUGUUCUCAAAUGGAAACAGAUACGAGUAAUAAAGAUAUGUGUGUGAGAAAUCCGAAACAAAUGGAAAAUAUAGUAGACUUUCGUAAAAUUAUGACUGAACAAAUAACAGGAGAUCAGGAAAUGCCAGAAUAUUCUUUCUUACAUAAAAAUAUAAACUCAAUUCAUUGGGCAGGACCUUUUUAUUGGAAACAUAAAGGGUUCAAAACAAUUUUAAGUAAUAGCAAAGUAGUGGAAACUUGCAAACAGGCUGAAAUUAAGAAGAAAAAAGAAUUUAUAAUUACAUAUACCAACGAAGAUAAAUCUAAACUGGAUGAAAAGUUUUUAUGUAGCAGAAUAAACAAAAUACAAAUUAAAACAGCCAGAAAAAAUUGGAAAGAAGAGAAAAUAACAUUACCAGAAGAUAUACAUUACGAUAUUACACAAUUAACUAAAUUAUAUCUUCGUCCUUUAAUCUCCUCAUAUCGUAAUUCAGAAGAUUCACUCAAUUCGGCACAAUUGCCUGAAGAUGCCGAUUGCGAUAUGCAAGAUAAAAAUGAUUCAGGUCAAUUAGGAGAUGGAGAUGGAAAUAUAAUAGAAAAUCAGAUACCAUUUACUAAUGAUAAUCUGGUAACAAUGCCUACAUUAACUAAUAAAACGAAUACAAACUAUCCUUUACGUGCCAAAAAAAUUGACAUGCAUCAAUUAAAGAAAACAAUAUGGAAAGCUAUGUUGAAAAAGAAUAUUAAUACUGAUAAUAAAGAAGAAACGCAACAAAAUGGUCAAAUAAUCCAAUCCAUAACUUUCAGCGACAUUUAUAAAUCUUUACCUAAUGUACUUUCUAAAUCCAAUGCUGAAGCAUUAAGUCUCCCCAUUGCAAUAGUAUCUUUGCUUCAUUUAGCUAAUGAAAAAUCUUUAACGCUUUCUUCUCUUCCAGAUUGUUCAGAUAUUAUUAUAGAAGCUAAAGAUAAUCUAUAA